AUGGAUUUUGAGAACAAAGAAAAAGAAUUUGAAGAUCGUUACAAAAAAAUUUGUGCGAGACAUAGGCGAUCUUCUAACUAUGAAACUCAAGAUGAAGAGAAAACGAGAAAGGUGGAAAUAUCCAUGAAAGAGAAGACAGAAUUGGAAAAGGAAUUAAGAACAGCAAAAUGUGAUUUGGAUAUUAUUCGGAAAAGUUUGGGUGAUGAUAGAAGUACAAAUACAUCAGAAUCAAAUAAUCAUUCCAAAGAAGUUCAAAAAGAUUGCUCUUCUAUUUUUGAAUUUAAGUUUCAUAAACGUACUUCUUCUCAGUUGGAUAAAUUUUCUAAGGAAAAAAGUGAAUUAGAGGCACAGUUGGAUAUUAAAAAGAAAGAAAUUCAAGAGAAACAAAAGACAAUAUUUGAAUUACAAGAUAAAGUCAGUCAGGUGAUACAAUUAGAAGCUCAGCUUCUAGAAAAAAACAAGAGAUUAGAAGCAUUUAAUAAAGAAAGAGAUAUAAUUGAAAGAGAAUUAGUUGCAACAAGGUCAGAAUUAACUGGAUUAAAAAGAACAUUAGAGUUGGAACGACAAGAAAGGAGAGAUUUAGAAACCAAGGCUCUAAGUUUAAUUAAAGAUGCUAAACGUAAAUGGGAAAAUGCAGAGAAAGAAAAAAUUGCACAGUUGAAUAAACAUAUUGAAGCACAAACUGUAAGAAUUACAGAAUUGUGUACCAGUAACAAUGAGAUGAGCUCAAGAUUACAAAGAACAGAAUGUGAACUUGAAACAUCAAAUGCAGAAUUACAUAAACUUAGAAUUUUUCAGAUGCAAUAUAAAGAAUCACUAGCAAAAACAAGAGAACUUAGUCGACAAAGUGUUCAAGGUGUUGAAACUAAGCUAGAAGAAAUAGCUACACGUGCACAUAAUCAAUUAGCUGAACUUAGAGCAAAAUUGGAUUUAGAAGUAACGAGAAAUACAGAUUUAGAAACUAAAUUAAGAAAUGAACAAGAUUCCAAUCACUGCCGCCAAUCAAGACUGAAUGUUGCUUUAGAAUUAGCUCAAAAUGAACUAAAAGACUGUCAGGAACAGUUACGCAGCAUACAUGCUACAAUACCAGCCAGAGAUACAGAAAUAGAAGCUUUAAAAAAACAAUUACAAGAAAGAUCAAAACAAUUAGAUAAUGCUAUGGCAUCAGAGCAGAUAGUUUCUACAAUGCAAGAACAGUUAGAAAUGUCAAAGCUUGAAAAUGAACAACUAAAACAAGAAUUGCAGAUAUUGAAGUCUGACUUAAGUGAAACUAUGAUGAACUUGGAACAAAGUGAAGCUCUUGCUCUAAACUUAGAGCAAGCAGCACAAGAUAAAGUUACAUUACAAAAGAGAUUACAAGAUUCUCUCGAAAAAGAAGAAGAACAUUUGCGUAAAGUUGGUAAUUUAGAAGAAUUAUUGCGACGUUUGGAACAGAGUGUUACUAAACUAGAAGUGGAGAAUGCUACUCUUAAAAUGGAAAACAUACAUCCAAGCACAAGUAUGAAGUCUAACAGGGAUAUAAUAAAAACAGAUGUGCAUUUAAAAGAGCAAACUGAGAAAUUAGAACAAGAGCUUCAAACCAUGAAAGAAAACUUUAAUGCAGAACGUCAGAUUACAAAGCAAACACAGAUUAGUUUAUGGAAGAAAGAAAAAGAACUGUCAGAGGCAAAUUUGGAUAAACGAAUUGCAACAAGAGAAGCAAAAAAGGCAGAUGAAAAAGUUAAAACGUUACAAGAGGAAAAGCAAAAAUUGGCAGAAAAAUUAGAUCAGAAAAUAAAAGAAGAAGAAGAAAAAUCUAGAAAGCUGCUUAAAGAAUUAGACAGUGCAAAAGCAUCAUUACAUGAUAUUACGAAAGAAUCUUCUAGAAAUAAAAUGCAAGCUGAUUCAGCUCAAAGAGCUUUAACUCAAAGUAACCAUCAAAUAGAAGAACUUCAAUCUUCGAGUGCUUCAUUACGUAGAGAACUAGAUGCGGUGCGAAAACAAGCGCGAGUAAGUCAAGAUCGAGUCGAUAGUUUGAAUACUGAAAAUAAGCGUCUGGCGCAGAUCAUUGCAAAAUAUAAUGAAGAGAAAAAUGAAUUGGAAUCUAAGAUAGAAAAAUUAGAACAAGAAAUCAAAGGCUAUGAAUUAAACACUGAACUUCUGAAAGAAACGUGUACAGUACUUGAAGAACAACUUACAGAUUACGAAAGACUAACAAGCGAUCAUGAAACUCGAGAAAACAUACUAAUUCAAGAUAAAAUGAAGUUACAAAGAGAUUUAGAAGCAACUGAGGCAAAACUUCGCCAAAUAUGUACUGCUCGAAAUGAAGAAAGCUCAUUAAGAUUGACAGCAGAACGGAAUAUUGAGAGGCUUGAAUCGGAAAUAGGUGAUAUAGAGAGCGAAAGGAGUGGUCUAAUUGCUCAAAGGGACCAAUAUAAAAAACUUGUACAAGAAUUAAGCGCACAAGUUGAAGAUUUAACAAGUAAAUGCGGGGAAUUGGAAUGUGAUAUUUCGGAAAUGAAACGAGCUUUAGAAAUUACUAAAGCUGAAACAAGGGUCGUUAAAGAAGAAAGUAGUCAACAUUUAACAAGAGUUCACGAACUGAAAGAGGCAAAUUUCGUACUGAUGAAUGAUUUACAGAAUAGUAUAGAUCAAGGUCAGGAACUUAGGAUGAGAAUCACAGAAUUGGAAAGUAUUUUAGAAGAAAUGCGACAAUUCUAUCAAGAAAGAGAAGUAAAAGCUGAAAGCACUAGGCAACAACAAACAAAGUUGAUAGAUUACUUGCAGUUUAAAUUAGAAGAGUGCAGUAAAAAGAAAAAGACAGUAUGUGAUAAAAUACUCGGUAGUAAACAAAAAGAGAAUAUUCCUCCUAGUGGUACUGGAAUGCCAGUUGGAUAUCGUGAAUUGGAAAACCAAUUGUCGAAAGAACGCGCCAAAGUUAAAACGUUAACUGAUCAAUUAUUAGCACUGAAAGCUAUGCACGCUUCGACCUCUGCACCCUCGUCUCCCACAGCACCGGAUAUCAGAAACACAAACUAUAUUACGGAACCAUCAACAACCUCAUUAUCUAAACGUUUAUCGCCGCAAAGAAUCGGACAUCACAUUCCACAUCGAUUCGAGGUCGGUUUACCAAUGCGAGCCGGGAAGUGCUCUGCGUGUUUAGAUUCUAUUCAAUUUGGAAAACGUGCGGCCAUUUGUAGCGAAUGUCAAGUAAUGACUCCUGCUACUUGUGGUUUACCUGGAGGGUUUGCUAAGCAAUUUGGCAAAAAUUGGAGGAACAGUGACGAAAGUUUAUCAUCAUUAUCUGGAAGCGUUCAAACGUUAGCUAUAGAUCAACCAGAUAAAGCAGACACGGACGUAUGUGAUAUACGAAAUAAGAACAAUAAUGUAUCGAUGGAAAAUUGGGUGAAAAUCCCAGAUCGUUCGAAAAUUUGUUGGGAAAGAAAAUAUCUUAGAUUAGAAGGAACAUGCUUAUGUACUUACGAGCAUCAGCCAUCCCCUGGAAUGGCACCGAUAAAUCGUCUAGAUUUGCUUGAGAAAGAUGGAUUUGUUAUAUUAGAUACUGUACACAACCCAGAUGUAAUAGGAACAGCAAAGUCAGAUAUACCAUUUAUCUUCAGAAUAGAAUCCAAUUCAUCAACCACUUGUUGGCCGACAUCACGUUUGGAUGUUAUGGCUUUGAAUCAGACUGAUAAGAAAAAUUGGUUGAAGACUUUGAAGUUUGUUACUAGUCAAAAUAAUUCAAGUAAUGUUCAUAAAACUAAAAAAUAUCAAACAAUAUUAAGAUUAGAAAAGAAUCAAUUGGAUUUAAAUUGUGCCAUAAAUUUGGCUGAAGAAAAUGUACUUCUACUGGGUGCUGAAGAAGGGUUGUUUUCAUACUGUGGUGCUAAAUCACGAAUACUUACUAUGAUUCGUGGAGUGAAGAGGGUACACCAGUUAACUUUACAUUCCCAUUUGGGAAUAGCCUUAAUGAUAGCUGGUGAAAAUAGGCAAUUAGUAUCUUGUAGUUUAAGACAAUUAAAGAGUAACGCACUGGCCGCUGAAUGCUCAAGGCCAGCAAUAAAUACAAAAGCAGUUUUAACUGGCACUGAUAGUUGUCAUUUAUACCAAUUACAAGGAGAUAUGCUUUGUGCAGCAACAGCAUCUCACGUAAUAUUACUUAAAUGGUAUGUUGAAGAAAAUUCUGGAGAAUUUAUUGGGGUCCGUGAACUUGAAACAUCUGAGCCAUGCAGUUGUGCCAUAUUUGCUAAAAAUAUUCUCAUAGUAGGGUGUAAUAAAUUUUUCCAGAUCGACCUUAAGAAUUAUUGUAUUAAUGAUUUUCCCGAAGAAGACGAUAGUUCGGUCAAAGCUGCACUAUCUGGGGUAGCUAAAUUAGGUAUUUUCCCAGUUUGUGUUUUAAAUGUUUCUCUUGUACCUGGAAAAGUUGAGCUUUUGCUUUGCUAUAAUGAAUUUGGAAUGUUUGUGAAUGAAAAUGGCCAAAGAACUCGAAACGUUGAUCCAACAUGGAAUCAUUUACCUUUUGCUUUCGCAUUCCGAAAACCAUAUUUGUUUGUCAUUCAUUUUUCGUCUGUGGAAAUUGUAAAACUUGAUAAAGAUGCGUAUACUUUGUCAACAAAGAAUCCGGAACGAAUCUUAAUCGAAUUAUCUAGUCCUCGCUACUUAGGAGUAGCUGGAUCAAAAGGCAUUUAUGUAGCAACAGUGAACUCCUUCUUGGAAUUAUUAAAAAUCGAAGGUUCUUCCAAUAUACCAGCAGUAAACGGCAGUUUUACAAGUUUGGAUACUUUAGAUCAAGAUGAUGAAAGCAGUUCAGAGUUCAGCUUUACAUCGAGCUUAAUGGAAGUUUUAGAUGGUCAAGGGAAAAAAGUACAUUUUACCAGUGUUCCCAAACAUUAA